AUGGACUUCCCAUGCCAGGACUCACUGUAUUCCAAAUACCAGGACUAUGAUCUGAAGGAGGAAGGGUCCCAGGACAUGGGGUCAGCCGCAGAGCAGCAACUUCUUUCAGAAAGCCAGGGAGAAGCAGAUCCAUUCAGUGAUGAUGGGGACACAUCUGACUACUUCUUCUUGAGCAGCCAGCCCUCUCCUCCACUCCCUCUCAACUACUCCGGUAGCUUCUUCAUUGAGACUUCUCUAGAGCAUUCUCAUGACCAGGAAGCACUUUUGAACAUUAUGUCUGGGAUCCUGGGCAACUCACCUUUUUCAGCUCCACAGCGCCAAAAUAGACAAACUGAGGCAAUGUACUCAGUCCCUGAGGCCAUUAAGAACCAUAUGGAGCUGUACUCUAGUCCUCAGCCAGAUCUCAACAUAUCUGUUCAGCAAUCGUAUUCCAGUCAGUUGUAUUCUUGUUUUAGCAGUUCUGAAGAUCUCCACCAGGUACCCAGCUCUCCUAGUUUGGGUAGCUCGUGUUCCUCUCAGUGCUUCUUUGACUCCAAAGUAAUCACAAGCAAGCAAGAUAUGGACGUAUGUUCUCUUUCUCCUUCAAUGGAGUCCAUUAAUUCUUCUUGUCCUCAAUGGGAAGCUCCCACAUCACAGAACUUUGUACCUGCUUCCUAUCAGGAUGCAUUCCAGUCACUGGAUAACCAGUCAUCAGUAUUCCAGCUGCUGGAAUCAAAGGUUGAAAAUAUCAUGACUGCCUGCUGCCAGCCCCAAGUUAACAUGCAAGACUCUAGUCUUUUCCAGAGCAUGGACUUCAAUUGUCAGUCAGAAACUUAUCAAACUCCCACUUGUGACUAUAAUGAAACAAAAAUUGACUUAAAAUCACAGUUGAUGCCAGAACUCAAAUACCAGUUGGCUCAUCUUGUGCCAGUCCAGGAGCUAAUGAGUCAAAAUGAGCACCCUCACAGCCAGUCCCCACCUUUCAUUUCUAACGACUUCCUUGGACAUUCCCCAACAGCAGAUAGCAUGCUUGCCACCAAUGUAAGCAGUUCCCUCUCAGAGCCAAAAAAGAAAUACCGUCGAAAUAAAUUCCCAUCCAAGUGUUUUCGCCCCAAGCCUCACGAGAAAGCUUUUGCUUGCCCAGUAGAUACCUGCAUCAGAAGCUUUGCCAGAUCAGAUGAGCUUAACAGGCAUCUUCGCAUUCAUACAGGGCACAAACCCUUCCAGUGUAGGAUCUGUUUGAGAAACUUCAGCCGAAGUGACCACCUAACCACUCACAUUCGCACUCACACUGGGGAGAAACCAUUUUCCUGUGACCUGUGUGGCAGGAGAUUUGCUAGGAGUGACGAAAAGAAAAGACAUGGCAAAGUUCACUUGAAGCAGAAGGCCAGGACAGAGGAGAAGCUAAAGGGACUUGGUUUCUACUCCAUGGGCUUAUCAUUUGGUACCCUCUAA